GAAAACAAAAUGGACGCUUGCCUCAGCGUUGAGAGGGAAUUAGAAAGGUUGUCGCAAAAAUACAAUAAUAUAAAGGAACAUUCAGAUACUUCGUUGGAAGAAUUAACCAGCCAGAUCUCAAAUGUUCAAGAAGAGUUAUCAAAAGUGAAUAAAGAUGAUGAAUUAUCCCCAUUACACCUUCACCUCCUUAACCAGUCCUCAAGGAAGAUAAAAGACACAGUUUCAAAACUAGCCACAGAGCACAAAGAACUGCAUGGUGGGAUCUCAAAGAUAGGGAAGGCUGUUGAUAGAAAUUUUGUGAUAGAUAACACAACAUGUAGCCAGCCAGGGGUGUUUGAUGGUGAAAAUGCAUCUCUGCUGAAUGAAGUUUUAUGUGAGCAUCUCUUACGACAAGGGAGAUUAGAUAUCGCAGAAGAGUUAAUAAAAGAAGCAAAUCUGCAGAUAGAUGAUUCACGAAGAGAACCUUUCACCGAACUCAACAGAAUCCUGGAGGCCUGCAGAGAGAGAAACUUAGACCCAGCUCUACAAUGGGCACAGUCCAGACACUUGGAACUCAAACUUAGGGGGAGUUCAUUAGAGUUUAGAUUACAUAAGUUAAAAUUUCUUGAUCUUCUUAAAGAGGGUCGACACAAAGAAGCCCUUGAGUAUUCAAAACAAUUUGCAAGCUUUGCUUCAGACCAUACUAAAGAUGUGCAACAGCUGAUGGCUUGUCUCCUGUACAGCCACAAGGGUAUUGAGAAUUCACCAUAUGCUUCCCUGCUGGACCCAGUUCAUUGGCUUGACAUUUGUGAUGUGUUUGCCAGGGAUGCGUGUGCAUUGUUAGGUUUGUCAUUAGAGAGUCCCUUACAGGUGUGCAUCACAGCUGGCAGUGUGGCACUGCCAUCACUUCUUCAGAUUAGACAAGUUAUGCAGCAGCGACAGGUCACAGGUGUGUGGACUUCCAAAGAUGAACUUCCGGUUGAAGUUGACCUUGGCCCGCAGUAUCGUUACCAUUCACUGUUCGCCUGUCCCAUUUUACGGCAGCAGUGUACAGAUGCAAACCCUCCCGUUCGAUUGUCAUGUGGCCAUGUGAUCUCCAGAGAUGCUCUCAACAAACUCACAAAUGGAAACAAAGUGAAGUGCCCUUAUUGUCCGCUGGAGAUGACUCCAGGCGAUGCUCGACAAAUCAAUUUUUACUGAAAGACUUCAUAAAGAAACGAUUUACUUGUGUAUUCUACGGUCCGCUGUUAUAAUCAAGCAUAUCAUACGUGUCACUUGGUAAAUGUUAUGAAGAGAUUUCGGUGCUAAACUCAUGGACGGGGAAUGUCUGAUACCUAGUGGCGUGCUGACAUUAUCGACUCCAAGAAGGAGACAGUUAGACCGAAAGAAAAACUUCGUAGUCAGUCGCAAAUUUUAAUCGCCGAUGUUUUCGAAACUACUUUAUUUCCACGUACCAUUUUCCGCUCUUACGAUCAAGUAGGCCGUAGUCCACAAGGCAAAUAUGUUUUUUCCCUGAGAGAGCUUCGUGUUAGGGCUGGGGGUUUCGGGAAAGGGUCGGGGAUUUUCAACCUUAUGCGGCGUGGAUAAAUGGAAAACUAAACUCAUAGUAAAUAGUAUUUGUGUUGUUUUGAUCGUCAUCGUCUUCGAAACAACUUCAAAGGGCCAACACCGUGCACCGUCAAAGUUCCCAAGGUUGGGGUCAUUCAAUGACGAGACUGAUGGCUUCAGCCGAAGUUGUAUGCACUUGACGAUCAAGGAGCAUUUCUAACAUCAAAUGUGUGGCAUGUUUGCCUUAUAAAACACUGAUAAUGAUCUAUGUCACCCAUAUCUAAAUCUCUUCUAAUAUUUGUUUAAAAUACGUAUAAUGCAUGAUCCUCGCAGUAGAUAGCGCUAUUUAUGCAAUAGCGAA